UGUGUGUGUUGAGUGAGUUAUCUGCUUGUGAUCCUGCUUUUGUGUAGAUUUAAUAUUGACUAGUUCUGUGUYUGGUUGAUGGUCAAGGUAUGUAUCUGUAGUUACCUGGAGAGACUGGGCCAGGAGUCUGCUCCGGUGGGUUUGGGUUACCUGAGCUUCACCGGCUUGGCAGCGGGACAGCAAUCACCUUUACAAUAGGACAGGGUCCAAAACCUUAUCYUUGUUCUGAGGAACUGUAAAGGCGGUGUGUUUCAAAGAUGUGUGUAGUUCUGUGGAAGUGUUGUCUUGGAGUGGGAGGGGCCAGGAGAGGCACAGGGACAGKGUUGACACAGGUGAGAUAUAAAAGCAGGUGUGUGUGACRGUGUGCAUGUGAGGAUCACACUCACUCGCCUCUCGUCCAUCGGCGUCUGCUGACCAGAGAACAGACUUGGGGAUUAUCGGACAGUUGAUGAGCUUUAGGGCACUGCCAUUGUCCAGGGGAUCAACACACACAGAGGAUAACUUUUGAACUUGGCUGCAGUACAGAUUGUACAGUACAGACAUUUAUAGUACAGGACAGAACUUUGGAACUGUUCUCACUGUGGAUACGCUUGUUGCCAUCUCUCGCACUCAGUCUUCAGCUCUCCAACUGAUGACAACUGCAAGGACUCAGACCACAGAAGAUACGCCUGGAGCUCUGACUGACAUUCACAACUACACCUCAACAACCAGAAACCCUCCUUCAUAACAGCUUAUAAGCUAUCAUAACAACCUGUGGAUCUUCAACAGUUCCUGUUCCAUUCAAACAAGGGAGACCUUGUUUGUGGGAGAACGGAGAGAACCAACCUGCCAGUCUCCACGGGGGGGGGAUCAUGUACGUGCUUUGCACCCUGGUGGUACUGAGUAUCCACAGCCUCUUUAAGAGCCGACACAAGGCCCUGGAGCCCUGCGACAAAGAGGCUGGAGAUGGGGCCACMUUGCCUGUGGACAAGGCCCCUCCGCUGGGGGAGGGAGGCAGGGUAAGGGACCCCGGGCCUGGAGGUCUUGGAGGGGGUGUGGGGCCCAGGGAGAGAGGGAUGACUGUAGCCCUCUCUCAGGAGAAGAGGCAGAGGGCUGUAGACAGGAAGGCUGCAGGCUGCAACUGCACAAACAAACGUAGAGGUGACCGGGAGCUGCGCUGCAGCCAGGGCAGGCUGGGAUGCGGAGGAGGCAGGCUGGACAGCAGAAAACCGGACAGCAGAAAUGUGCCGGACAGCAGAAAACAAUUGCAGCCGGUCCAGAGACCCAGUGCUUUGCUCAGCCCUGCGGUCAUGUUCGGAACAAGAAAGACCUGGGACCUUGGCCACGCCCCCUGUCUGCAGGAGCUCUGGAAGAAAGACGUCUCAUUGGACGCGAGCUCAGUGGACUUCUUGAUGAGUGAUGGUGAGGAGGACUGCUCCUUCCUGUCUCUACCCACAGCCACUUUCCCACAACGUACCGCUCUGACCACUACUGACCAAUUAGAAACCAGCCAGCACAAUCACAACCAACAGCUACUCAUACAGACACUGCAGGAGAAAGUGUGUGAGUUCCAGGCACGUCUGCGACGCGAGGAAGCUUCCCGGUGUCUGCAGCWGCAGAGACCGCAGCAGAGUCACGAACGGAGUCUUCAGGAGAAGACGAACGUCAUACACACUCUACAGGAGGAGCUGCACACAGCACUGCCCAACGGUGUGCGGGCAGUGCAGAGGCUGGCUGAGCCACAGGAGCAUCAGCAGCACAGCAACCGUCUCGUUCAGGAAGGAGAGCAGCUCAUCGCAGCGCUGCGCACACAGGUGGGGGAGCUGGAGGAGAAGCUGCUGGACCAGACGCAGGAGGUGGAGAGACUGCGCUCGGGGGUGGGGGCGACCGACCUGGAGAAGCACCUGGAGCUGCUGGUGGUCGAGAACGAGCGGCUGAAGCAGGAGCUGAAGGCAUGCAAGACCUCACUGCUCCAGGAGGCUCCUCCACCGGCCUGCACAGCCACUGACUGCCCCCACAGCCAGGAUGUGGAGGCCCUGCGUGAGGAGGUGUCUCACUGGGAGAGCCAGGCCAGACCGAGGCAGAGGAGGCUGGCUGAGUUGGAGCAGCAGGUCCUGGAGAAGGCCAGCCGGGCGGAGACGCUCAGCCGACAGCUGGAGGAGUCCAAGCGCCACGRGGGGGAGAUGCAGAGGCAACUGGAGGAGUCCAAGUGUCAGCAGGGGGAGGUGGAGCAGCAGCUGAGCGUCCGGCUCAGAGACUGUGAGGAGGAGCUGGCCAGACAGGCCGCCCGGCCCCAUCAGGUUAAGUAUGUGACUGAGAUAGUGGAGGUGGAGUCGUCAGGGUCUCAGCAGGCGGUAACCGCGGCCCAGGCCAAGAGCGCCACCCUGCAGGAGCAGCUAUCACUGCAGAGACAGCUGCUCCGAGAGCUGGAGACACAGCUGCACGAGUCCCAGAGGACCAGCACCCAGCUCCGAGCUCAGAURCUGGUGUACGAGGGGGAGAUGGAGCGGGCCCAGGGCCAGUUGGAGGCUGAAAUGCAGAACRUGGAGGAAGAGAAGAACAGGGUGAUCGAGGAGGCCUUCAUCAGGGCCGAAAGCGAGAUGAAGGCCGUGCAUGAGAACCUGGCAGGUGUGCGUAUGAACCUUUUGACGCUUCAGCCAGCCCUGCGUACUCUCACCUGUGACUACAACUGUCUGAAGAGACAGGUUCAGGACUUCCCCUUCAUGCUGGGGAAGGCCAUGACCGAGGCCAAGCAGGAGAUCUGCCAGGUGAUAGGCGAGGUGAGCAGUGCCAACCAAGAGCUGCUGAGGAAGUACAAGAGAGAGAUGAACCUGAGGAAGAAAUGCCACAACGAGCUGGUGCGCCUCAAAGGUAACAUCAGGGUGUUCUGUCGGGUGCGGCCGGUGUGCCGGGGGGAGCAUGAUUCUGCCGAAAACAUGGUCAGCUUUGACCCAGAUGACGACGCCCUUCUCUACCUCUCCAACAAGGGCAAACUGAUGACCUUUGAACUGGACAAGGUGUUCCACCCUCAGGCCACGCAGGAAGGGGUGUUCCAGGAGGUCCAGUCCCUGGUGACAUCCUGUAUUGAUGGCUUUAACGUGUGCAUCUUUGCCUACGGACAGACGGGCUCAGGAAAGACGUACACCAUGGAGGGUGUUGCCAAGGACCCGGGCAUUAACCAGAGGGCUCUCAGACUGCUGUUCUCUGAGGUGACUGAGAAAGCACCCGACUGGGACUUCAAGAUCACUGUUAGCAUGGUGGAGAUCUACAACGAAACCCUACGGAACCUUUUGGGGGACAACCAGGGUGAGAAGCUGGACAUCAAGAUGAAUCCAGAUGGUAGCGGUCAGCUCUAUGUGCCGGGCCUCACGGAGUUCACUGUCCAGAGCCCUGAGGACAUCAACAGGGUGUUUGAGCUGGGUCACAUGAACAGGGCCACAGCCUGCACCAAUCUGAACGAACACAGCUCCCGCUCUCACGCCCUCCUCGUCAUCACCGUAGCAGGCGUCAACUCCUCCACCGGGCACCGCACGCAAGGUAAGCUGAACCUGGUUGACCUGGCUGGCUCAGAGCGGAUUGCUAAGUCCGGGGCAGAGGGCAGCCGCCUACGAGAGGCCCAGUGCAUCAACAAGUCCCUGUCGGCCCUGGGUGACGUCAUCAAUGCGCUGCGGAGCCGACACUCCCACGUGCCCUUCAGGAACUCCCGGCUCACCUACCUGCUGUCUGACUCACUGAGCGGGGACAGCAAGACCCUGAUGAUGGUGCAGGUGUCUCCCCUGGUCUGUAACAUGAGUGAGUCGGUGUGCUCUCUGAAGUUUGCCCAGCGGGUCCGGACCAUCGAGCUGGGCAACGCCACCAGGAGACAAUGGGAGAACUCCUCCACCACCUCCUCGCCCACCCACGACAGCGUGGAGCUGGACUCUCCCCCGGUGACUCCCGUGCCCCUCCCUAUCUCCCGGGCCAGCAGUGCCGGCUCCACCCUCUCUGCCUCCUCCAAAACCCCCACCACACGACGGCGGUCUCAGUCCCAGCUCUCUACAGACAGGCUGUUAGGCAGAGCCAGCCCAUUGGUGGGGGACGGUGGGCAGGACGACUGAAACUGUCUGUCUGAAGGCUCCAAUGGAUCCAGAAUGAACCCGGACCCUGACCCAGUCAGCCAUUGGGCCUUCUGAACAGGAGGGUGUUAACCAGCACCUUGACCCACCAAUAGGUUGUUCCCAUCUCCUUCUGCUGAUCUCACUCAGCCAAUGGGUGAGAGAAACUGGACUGAUCAGAUUGAGAGAAUGGUGACAUUUCAUUUAUUGAGCUGUUUGAACAGCAGAGGGAUGAAGAGGGGGCUACGAACUUUGACCCUCAUGGAAGGCCCAUAUCAAGACUCUGUCCCGAUGCUCUAAAAUGGCCUCCAAGUCUCCUUUUCAUUACCACUGAUAGCUGAAAGGAAUGGAUAGGUGUUAAUUUUAGCCAGGACUGUUGUACAGCCCCCCAUAUCUUAACUACGUGUCCUCGUUUAUACCCCUCAAGGAACACAACACACCAGACUGCAAGUGACUACAGGACACACCUGUCUGUCUUCCACACCUGACUAGGGGCCAAAGGGGAGGAGCACCUGAGAGUAACACAGGCCCCUGUCCUAAAAACAACUCUCAUAAAGAAACCCUAUACUCCUCACAGCCCAGAACAACUCCACCCCACCUUUCACACCUUCACCUUUGACCCUUCAACUGGGCCUGUGAUCUAUUCUCCCAUUGGCUAAUGUACUUCCCCACCCCUCGCAAUAACGCCACACCCACACCCUUAGUGCUAACCAAUACCUUCGUCCCAUCAUCCAUUAACAGUAUAGCCCUUUCAAUCACAGUAUUUCUUGGUAAAAAUGCACUUUAAACAAGGCUGAUACCUUCUUGAUGUGUUUUAUAACAAUGCUCCAGUUACGGAUUAUGAUAAUAUGCAUAUACAGUAUAUAUAUCUGUGUGUUUGAGAUGUUUUUUUUUAUCCCUUUAGACUCCAUUGGGGGGGGGGGUUACGAGGAUUUCAUCCUGGUCUCCUUCCACACUUUCUCCCCCUCAUCCAAUCAGGGUAUUCUAUGGAGCUGGGCUUCUUUUGCCCUGUAGGACGUAAGCAAUAAGAGACGUGAGUGCAGAGAGCGUUUAACUUCCUGUGUAGCCGUUUUAGAUUAGAUUUCUCCAGGGCAAUACAGAGCCGCCUCAGCACUGCAUGGAAACGUUCAUGUUGUCGUGUUUGUUGUACCGCGUGAAUAAAGCUAGACGAUUCAAACUCCCUGCCAGACAGGAAAUGCCAUUCCUGUUAUUGGAUGCUGCCGGUUGAAGUUGCACAGAUCUAGGAUUAGUUUAUUCCACCCAAAUUCUAAGGUUAUCCAAUAGGGACACAACACCAAACUGACCCUAGAUCCGCAUCCAGGACAGCUUUAUCCUACUCCCUAUGGCUGACCACAAGCAACCAAUGACAACGGAUCGCCUCACGGAACAGACACUGCUGCCCCUGAGGGAGUAAUCAAGCUUGUGAACUGUGUUUGAAAAUGCAUUGUGUAAAUAGGAAUGCUUUGUACAUUUGAUCAGCUGAUCGAUCAAUACAUGUCAGCUAAUCGACCGUGUGUCUUCAAUGUUAAACCAAUGUUCCCUCCAAUACCAGGAUGUCCGGGGAACAUUGAGGACACGCUGCAUCGUGUUGGUUGUUGAUGGGUAUCUCUACUUGCUUUUGUCUUUGUUGUAGAAACCUACUGCGGCAGUCUUGUUUUUUGUACACCCUUUUUUAAUAAACACUCAAUACGAAAUGAAA